CCUCUGUCCAUCAUCAUCUUCACUCAAACACUCAAACUGCUCCCAUUACAAUGAUGUGGGAUUAAUAUGUUCUGGUCACACAGAGGCUCGGCUGGUGAACGGAUCAGACUCCUGUUCUGGUCGAGUGGAGCUCCAGUACCUCAGUGAGUGGGGCACAGUUUGUGCUGUAGGCUGGGAUAUGAGAGCUGCAGAUGUUCUCUGUGCACAGCUGGAUUGUGGGAGUGCUGUGGCUGUGGUGGAGGUGGACUGGUUUGUGGAGGGGAGUGGCCACAUCUGGGCUGAUGUGUUUGAUUGUCAGGGGAAUGAGACACACCUAUCACAAUGUGGCAUCUCAUCAUGGAGUCGAGCUGCAUGUUCUCAUAAACACGAUGCUGGAGUGAUCUGUAACGGAUCAUCCAUGGCGUUUCAUGAGGGGCGAGUGCGGUUGUCUGGAGGGAGCAAGUGUCAGGGGGAGGUGGAGAUUUAUUUCAGGCAGGACUGGAGGAAAGUUCUCCUGGACUCGUGGAGUCUGUCUGAGGCGUCUGUGCUCUGCAGACAGCUGGGCUGUGGCUCUGUGCUGAACUACCGUUCAUCUCCAUCCACCACUGAACACAAACACAUGUGUGUAACGGCUUUCAGCUGCUCUGGGAGUGAAGCUCAUCUGGGGAACUGCAGCAGUGCACAAGCUGUCAACUGCACCUCUGAAGAACAUCUGUACAUCACCUGCUCAGGCCCCAGGUCCAUCAGACUGGUAGGUUCUGGAGGAGACUGUGCAGGAAGGCUGGAGGUUUUCCGCAGUGGUUCAUGGGGAACAGUGUGUGAUGACUCUUGGGGUAUUGAGGAUGCAGAUGUGGUGUGCAGACAGCUGCAGUGUGGACGGGCCCUCAGUACCCUCACACCAGCCUGGUUUGGUCCUGGAACUGGGUCCAUAUGGCUGAAUGAGGUGAAGUGUGAGGGGAAUGAGACGUCCCUGUGGAACUGCAGAUUUCAGCUGUGUGAAGAGGGUGAAUGUGGACACCAGGAGGACGUAGGAGUCGUGUGCUCAGAGUUUAAAGAGAUCCGACUCACGGGGGGCUGUGAGGGGAAUCUGGAAGUGUUCUACAAUGGAACCUGGGGUAAUGUGUGUCAAAAUCAGAUGAAUGAUGAAACAGUAAACAUGGUGUGUCGAGAGCUGAACUGUGGAACAGGUAGAAGUCUGAAAAACACUGAAGCUCGAGUAAAAUCUGCUCCUAACUGGCUGGAUUAUCUGAAGUGUAGAAAACGCGACUCUAAUCUGUGGCAGUGUCCAUCUUCACCCUGGGGACAGAACAGAUGUGAUAAUAGUGAUGAGGUGGCACAUAUUAACUGCACAGGUGGUCCACAAGAACACUGGUCUCUCAGGCUGAGUGGAGGAAAGGAAAGCUGCUCUGGGAGGUUGGAGGUGUAUCAUAACGCUACAUGGGGCUUUAUUUGUGAUGAUCAGUGGAACAUCAGUAACGCUCAGGUGGUGUGCAGACAGCUGGGCUGUGGGUCGGCGCUGAGUGCUGAUAGGUUUGGUCCUGGUGAAGGGACUGUCUGGCUGAACAGAGUGAAGUGUCGAGGGGAUGAGAUUCACCUGUGGGACUGUCAUCAUUCCCUGAAGAAACACACUGACUGCUCUCAUGCUGGAGUCACCUGUGCAGACGUAUCUGCAUCCACCACUUCUACAACCAAAUCAACAACAAUCUCCACCACAACAGCCAGAAGAACAGGAACAUCACCUGUAGCUCCAUCCACCCCUCCACUGGUUCUCUUUGUGUUGGGGACGCUGCUCUUCCUGGCCUUAGUGCUUCUGGUGGUACUGUUUUACCAGAACAGAGUGCUCAGGAGAGUGGUCUCUAAGAGGAGGCGUAAGACUCAGCCUGAGGCAGUCUAUGAGGAGAUCAACCACAGAUACAUCACUAGAAGAAUCACGAGCUCCACUCAAAGAGGCAGUUUGAGGUUGAUGAAUGGAAGUCGCUGUGCUGGUAGACUGGAAGUUCUUCAUGAGGGACAGUGGGGAACUGUGUGUAGUCUUCGCUGGGAUAUGAAAGAUGCUGCAGUGGUGUGUAGAGAACUGAACUGUGGGGAGCCUGUUAAUGUUCGGUAUCUUGCUCACUUUGGACAAGGAUCAGACCCGAUCUGGAUGGCUGGUUUAGACUGUAGUGGAACAGAAUCAUCACUGAAGAAUUGUCGGGCAUUAUGGUGGGGGCAGCACGGCUGUAAUCAUGGGCAUGAUGUUGGGCUCACCUGCGCAGGGGAUGAAGCAGAGAAUUAUGAUGAUGCCAUUAAAGCUGAUCAGAAGAACGUUAUAAUGACAGACAGUGUGAGGUUAAUGGAUGGUGGAAGUCGCUGUGCUGGGAGAGUGGAGGUUCUUCGUGAUGGACAGUGGGGAACAGUGUGUGGUUCAGCCUGGGAUAUGAAAGAUGCUGCAGUGGUGUGUAGAGAGCUGCAAUGUGGGGAGCCUGUAGAUUUGCGGUACUGGGCUGAGUUUGGAAGAGGAUCAGGACCAAUCUGGAUUUAUGAUUUGUACUGCAGAGGAUCUGAACUGACCAUAAACAAUUGUAGCUCACAGGGGGGACACGUCUGUGAUCAUGUGAUUGAUGCUGGAGUCAUCUGCUCAGGUUGGAAUUCAAGACUCACUGCUGGUCCUCACCGAUGUUCUGGAAGAGUGGAGGUGCUUCAUGGAGGUUCCUGGUCCACAGUGUGUGAUGGUGACUUUGACCAGCAGGAUGCAGAGGUUUUUUGUCGAGAGCUGGACUGUGGGAUUCCUGUGAAGGUUCUGGGAUCAGCUGCUUUUGGUCGAGGGGAGGGUCAGGUGUGGACAGAGGAGCUUCAGUGUAGAGGAAAUGAAUCUGAGAUUUACUUCUGUCCAUCAUCAUCUUCACUCAAACACUCAAACUGCUCCCAUCACAAUGAUGUGGGAUUAAUAUGUUCUGGUCACACAGAGGCUCGGCUGGUGAACGGAUCAGACUCCUGUUCUGGUCGAGUGGAGCUCCAGUACCUCAGUGAGUGGGGCACAGUUUGUGCUGUAGGCUGGGAUAUGAGAGCUGCAGAUGUUCUCUGUGCACAGCUGGAUUGUGGGAGUGCUGUGGCUGUGGUGGAGGUGGACUGGUUUGUGGAGGAGUGGCGGAAUGAGACACACCUAUCACAAUGUGGCAUCUCAUCAUGGAGUCGAGCUGCAUGUUCUCAUAAACACGAUGCUGGAGUGAUCUGUAACGGAUCAUCCAUGGCGUUUCAUGAGGGGCGAGUGCGGUUGUCUGGAGGGAGCGAGUGUCAGGGGGAGGUGGAGAUUUAUUUCAGGCAGGACUGGAGGAAAGUUCUCCUGGACUCGUGGAGUCUGUCUGAGGCGUCUGUGCUCUGCAGACAGCUGGGCUGUGGCUCUGUGCUGAACUACCGUUCAUCUCCAUCCACCACUGAACACAAACACAUGUGUGUAACGGCUUUCAGCUGCUCUGGGAGUGAAGCUCAUCUGGGGAACUGCAGCAGUGCACAAGCUGUCAACUGCACCUCUGGAGAACAUCUGUACAUCACCUGCUCAGCAGGUAUCUUUAACUCCACCCACAGCUCCAUCAGACUGGUGGGUUCUGGAGGAGACUGUGCAGGAAGGCUGGAGGUUUUCCACAGUGGUUCAUGGGGAACAGUGUGUGAUGACUCUUGGGGUAUUAAGGAUGCAGAUGUGGUGUGCAGACAGCUGCAGUGUGGACGGGCCCUCAGUACCCACACACCAGCCUGGUUUGGUCCUGGAACUGGGUCCAUAUGGCUGAAUGAGGUGGAGUGUGAGGGGAAUGAGACGUCCCUGUGGAACUGCAGAUUUCAGCUGUGUGAAGAGGGUGAAUGUGGACACCAGGAGGACGUAGGAGUCGUGUGCUCAGAGUUUAAAGAGAUCCGACUCACGGAGGGCUGUGAGGGGAAUCUGGAAGUGUUCUACAAUGGAACCUGGGGUAAUGUGUGUCAAAAUCAGAUGGAUGAUGAAACAGUAAACAUGGUGUGUCGAGAGCUGAACUGUGGAACAGGUGGAAGUCUGAUAAACACUGAAGCUCGAGUAAAAUCUGCUCCUAACUGGCUGGAUUAUCUGAAGUGUAGGAAACACGACUCUAAUCUGUGGCAGUGUCCAUCUUCACCCUGGGGACAGAACAGAUGUGAUAAUAGUGUUCAUGUAGCACAUAUUACCUGCACAGAUAAUGGAAAAUCUCUAGGUUCAAAAAAAAAUUGCUCAUCAUUUCCCUCUCAGAAACAUUGCCCAAAACACUGGUCUCUCAGGCUGAGUGGAGGAAAGGGAAGCUGCUCUGGGAGGUUGGAGGUGUAUCAUAACGCUACAUGGGGCUCCGUUUGUGAUGAUCAGUGGAACAUCAGUAACGCUCAGGUGGUGUGCAGACAGCUGGGCUGUGGGUCGGCGCUGAGUGCUGAUAGGUUUGUUCCUGGUGAAGGGACUGUCUGGCUGAACAGAGUGAAGUGUCGAGGGGAUGAGAUUCACCUGUGGGACUGUCAUCAUUCCCUGAAGAAACACACUGACUGCUCUCAUGCUGGAGUCACCUGUGCAGACGUAUCUGCAUCUACCACUUCUACAACCAAAUCAACAACAAUCUCCACCACAACAGCACCAUCACCUGUACCUCCAGCCACCCCUCCACUGGUUCUUUUUGUGUUGGGGACGCUGUUCUUCCUGGCCUUAGUGUUUCUGGUGCUUCUGUUUUACCAGAACAGAGUGCUCAGGAGAGUUUUGUCAGAAACUCAGCCCGAGUCAGUCUAUGAAGAAAUCAAUCAUAUUCAACACACUACUUAUGAAAUGAUCAACCGCAACUACUUCACUAGACAAACCAUGAGCUCUACUCAAAGAGGUGAGUGAUCUCUGCUCUUAAUC